AUGAGUGUCCUCGUGCCUCUCUGCCUGGCACUCUUCGUCGGGGGAGCCGUUUCAUUCGAUGGACACAAUACACCCCCGUCGUUCGUGUCACGUAGAGACAGCAUCGUAGAUGAAGACCACCGCGUCGGAGAUCGGGUGUUCGUUGUCCGCACCCUCGAUGCCGACGGAGACCCGAUCACUUUCAGCUUAGGAGCAGCGUUGUUCCAAGAUGCGUCCAAGUACUUUCGGAUCGAUCCUCAGACCGGGGAGGUCUUCCUCAAACAAAGCCUGGAAGGGCUCGGCGGUCAAGAUUACUACAUGUAUGUCAAGGCUGACGAUGGCCACCAUCAGGCAAAGAUGGAGGUCAGUGUGAAGAUUGUCCGAUCCGCGCACAAAUCCCCGAUCGAACGCAAAGAGGAACUCAACGCAGCGCCCAACCCUCCGCGCUCAGUGGACAAUCAGCCGAUUCAUCUGAGUGUCCCACUACCGCCGGACUUCCCCAAGUCGAAUGUCCUGCCCUCGGAUCCUGCUUCGCCGGGGACCAGAGCUCCUUCGACGAGUCCGACGUUCGCGGUUUUAUUCUUCGCGCUGCUAGCUGGGCUCGGUGCUCUACUGGUCUACGCGGGAAUCUACUAUUUCAAUCCGAGGAAACACCGAGGCUCCUUCAAGAAAGGAAUAAAAUGCACAAAGAGCAGUGUGUUCCGAGAUGAAAAAGCUCAGGAUAUCGCGUUGCCUCGGAUACCUCUACAACCUUCGUGGGUGGUAGCGUUAGAGAAACGGGAACCUGUUCUCAAGUCGGCAGAGGUUUUCAGUACGUUGACCGAUCAUAAGGGUGAAUUUCCGAGACAUCGGCUGAGAUUCUCCCAUAUUUUGGGAGAAGGAAACUUCGGACAGGUCUGGGCUUGUGAGGCGCGAGUUCAGCACGCCUCGGAUAAAGAACCCACCUCGAUCACCGUGGCAGUGAAAACCUUGAAAGACAACGCAUCACAAGAGGAGAAACGUGACUUCUUGAGUGAAUUGUCGAUCAUGAAACUGCUGGAUCCCCAUCCCAACAUCGUCACGCUCCUCGGUUGCUGCACCGAAAAAGAUCCGUUGUUCGUGAUUAUGGAAUACGUCCGAUUCGGUAAGCUCCAAACCUAUCUGAGGGAGAGUAGACCGACGGAAAAAGGAGAGAACGCCAAACCGUCAUUGACGUCUGUGGAAUUGACGAAGUUCGCCUACCAAGUGGCUCGUGGCAUGGAAUAUCUGUCAUCGAAGGCAAUCAUCCACCGAGAUCUAGCCGCGCGCAACGUUCUCGUGACCGAUACCAAACAAUGCAAAGUGUCAGAUUUCGGAUUCGCUCGGGACGUUAUAUCGAACCAAGUCUAUGAACGGAAGUCCAACCGAAAAUUACCCGUCCGUUGGAUGGCUCCCGAAUCCUUGUUUGAUAACAUUUUCACUACCAAAACCGACGUUUGGUCAUUCGGAGUCCUGCUGUGGGAAAUCGUCACACUCGGUUCUUCACCGUAUCCCGGGAUGGAUUCCAACGAAGUGAUGCGUCGGGUUCGGGACGGUUAUCGACUCGAACGUCCGGAUCACUGCAAACGCGAAAUCUACAACAUAAUGUCGUAUUGUUGGGACGCGAAUCCGAGUCAGAGACCGUCGUUCACGGAGCUCACACACAUGCUCGAUAAGCUGCUCAUCAGCAAAGAUGAUUAUAUUGAGUUGGAACGAUUCCCCGAUCAUGCAUAUUACAACGUGUGUCAUGAUCUCCCGGUGAAGCAUCCGGAGCUCGAUGCUCUCAAUUAGCGAUUGAGAUAAACUCAUUUAUAC